AUGUCGAGAAAGAAACUGGGCGGCAAGCAGACCGCUCCCCUCAGCUCGCCGGGUGACAAUAACAGUCGCAGAGGUCGUAUCUCUGCCCUAUUCGGUCGCGGGCCAGAUGAUUCUGGGGAUACCGCUCGGUACUCGGUAGCCUCGGGGAAGGAGGAAGAACCCAUCAAGAAUGGCUUCACCAAUUCAACUGAGCAAGACUCUCAGAAUAAGACGUCUGCCAACACUUACAUGGACGACCACAUCAAUGAGGUGGCUCGAGAUCUGAACUCUGCUGUGGUUGACGUCACCCAGAAAGUCAUUCCGAGUUUUUUGAUCCCGAGUCGGGUUACAAAGUCGCCCAUUCAUCGUCACAAGAGAGCCUCGAGCUCCUACAAAAUUGUGGACAAAAAUACUGCAGAUGCCGUUCUUCUUCCCGCUGUGCCUUAUACCCCAUCGUCUGAUGAGAAUCGCGACCGCAUCUACAGCAAGAACCACGCCAGUGCAAAAGGCAAUGCGCAAGCGGGUCUUUCCAACCAGCCGCCCAUGGCAAAUCAAAAGGCAUUCGAGGAAGUUCAACUCCUGGCGUCGACCACUUACGGUACGCCCGGUUUGCCCAACAGCAACAAGAUGAAGGUGUUUCGUUCUGACAAAAACAUAGAUAAGAAUCCCCAUCUGCUGCCGUCGACCAACUACAACUCACCAGAGGCCAUGUGCAGCAUUCCAGAGGCCUUACGAAACAGCGCCUUGUUGACUGAGAAAAUUUCUCCUCUGCCUUCCACCCCUCGUGUUGAGUCUGACCUCAUUUCUAAGAUUCCCCAAACCGAUAUAGCGCCUGCUGAAGGAAACCACUCCCCAUCUUCGACCUCUCUCGUGACUUCCACCCCCUUACAUGGUGUACUCAAAGUUACUGCGUCUGACACAAUUCCAUCUGAUAAGAAAGUCCGAUUUGCUGUUGCUCCGUUUAGCAAAGCCGCCAAGGCUGAAGACAGCAGCGGAGACUCAAAUGACGCCAAUCAGACCUUCAAACAGGACAUUGAUGAUGUGAAAGUGGCACCCGAGUCCAUUUUAUCUCCCGUCAUAUGGGACAAAGGAUUCGAGCCCAAAAUUUGGCUCAAGGAUGGCAAGCCUACACUCUUCAAGCCUAAGAAGGAGCCUGAUUAUUACACCAACCCUCUCUGGUCUCGCCAGUAUCCCGAAAUAUUCUCCAACGAACUGCGUGUGGUCCCCCAAGCUGCAGGUUACGCCGAGAGUGCUACCUCUACAGAUGGCAGUCAGUACCACAAAACUUCUGCUUCCAGUUCGAACGCCAAUUUCCAGAUGGGUAACACCUUCCCCAUGAACACCGAGUCCAACGCAGACAUGAGCUUCGACGCGGGUACCUCGACCCGUCUCGCUACGUCCACGGUUACACAGGGAGGCUCGAACACUUUGCCAACUCCUGCCAGUCAUACAUUUUUCGGCCAAGAAUUUCCAGAGGACACCAAUGCUCCGCCUGACUUCGCUCAAACUCCUCGCUACAGAAGCCAGGUCAAGAUUGAGGUUGGCGGUCGUCGCUUCGUUACCACCUUUGAAGUACUUGAGAAGAGCCCCUGGUUCAGAAAUUUAUUCUCUAUUGAUUUCCGCAACUGGUAUCACGACGGUGUUUUUCACAUUGACAACGACGGCGAUCUCUUCGCCCAUAUUCUUCGUUACUUGCGAACGGGCCUUUAUCCCCUCUUCUGGGAUUCGCGCAAUGGCUUCGACUACCCCAUGUACGCGAUGAUCAAGCAGCAGGCACACCAUUACAUGCUCCACGAUCUUGAGGUAUGGAUCGUUGCCCAGAAGUUUCACGACGUUGUGGAGACACAAGUGAUUCAUCAGAAGGUGCUCAUCCCUCAUAAUCAGGAGUGGAUUCACGAGCAGCGUCUGAUAGGCAAUCACUCUUACGUGAUCUCCGGCGUCGCCGACCACGCGAACCCUAGCAGCCAUUUGGAAAAUGGCAUCGACACACUGAGUGCUGACAUCGGCAGCGCCGUUGUGCUGUUCACCGCUGAGAAGAUUGUCAAGGUCGAUAUGGAUCAGUUGCGCCGAGUCUGA